CAUAAGACACACAUGGCAGUCCAGCCCUCCCUGUCUGUCUUUCUCGGCCUCUGUUCUUCUUAUACACAGCGGCUCAGCGCACAGCCAUUCAUCUCUCACCCCACCUCACAACGGAAGCAAAGCAGGGGGGCAUCAAACCCACCCAUGGCGAUCGAAGCAUGGUUCAUGGAAGAUAACGCGGAGGACCCAAGGCUUCCCCAUCACCGAUACCCUAAAGAGUUCGUGUCGUUGGACCACCUCGCUGAUCUGGGAGUCUUAUACUGGCAUUUGAACCCAAAGAACUACGAAAACGACGAGGAAUUGAAGAAGAUCAGGGAAGCCCGGGGAUACAAUUACAUGGAUUUGUUGGAUUUAUGCCCUGAAAAAGUGGAAAAUUACGAAGAGAAGCUGAAGAACUUCUACACGGAGCACAUACACGGGGAUGAGGAAAUACGGUACUGUUUGGAAGGGAGCGGGUACUUCGAUGUCCGGGACAAGGACGACCGGUGGAUCCGCAUCUGGAUCAAGGAGGGGGAUCUCAUCAUUUUACCCGCCGGAAUCUACCACCGGUUCACUCUAGACUCCGGUGACUACGUCAAGUUGAUGAGGUUGUUCAUGGGGGAGCCGGUGUGGACGGCGUACAAUCGGCCGCAGGAGGAUCACCCGGCGAGAAGGGAGUACGUGAAGAGUUUCACCGAGAUGCCUGGAGUGGCGCUGGAAGCUCAUUAAUUAUAACCUUGAUAGAUGCAUAUGGAAACCCUAGUGAUGAGUUCUGACAUUAAGAGCACGGUACUAUUGCCAGUGGUGUUAGUGCAAUCAUACGGACUCAUGGAGCAUGUGGUGUGACAGUCGACUGAACUAUAUAGUAGAGUUGUUGUGUCCCUUUAGUCUGGAUCAGGGCUUUUGGCCGACCAUUCGUACUACAGAUACGAGAUAUGUGAUGAUAUUUGACCUAACCAGUUCAGCCAACCACGGUUAGGUCCAACUUUCGGCCGUACAACCUUGACCAUGGGGACAAACAUGUCGUAGUGAAUAUCCUUAGGGUAGUCAUGAGUACAGACACGGAUGUAUCGGUUAUGGUGACACUCAUGAGCUUGAUAUGGAAAUGGAAAUGAUAAUGGAAACGAGAAAGAAAAUAGGAAAUGAAAUGGGAAUGGAAACGAGAAAGAAAAUGGGAAAUGAAAUGGCGUGAGUUAAUAAAUAAUUAAAGCGAAAUAAAACACGCCGCCUGAGGGCUUACUAAGUAAGGUGAAUGCUUUGAUGAGUAUCAGUUGUAACUCAACUCGAGUUAAUCGAGCUAGACUGCAAACGAUAUUAGGGUAUAGGGAAGCUGCUUGUAUGGGCGGGUAAGCUUCCCUUUUCUCAAGAAAUUCGCCGGUAAACUUGAGACACGAAUGAAUGAUUUUGGAGAUAGAAGUAAAGCAUAUGAAAGCUUGUAUUGUAUAUCUAUAUGUUUAUGAUUAUGGAAAUGAUAUAUUUUCUCAGAAGAUAUUAUUAUUGAAACGAAUAUAUGUUAUUACAGAAUGAAUCUCAUAUUUAUUCUGUCUUACUAAGAUGUGUCUCACCCAAUCAUUUAAAUAUUUCAGGAAAUCGAGUUAGAGACAGUGAUAAAGCUCUGAGGUAGAAGGAAGCUGAUACCCUAAGUAGUCAUGGUGAGUAUGUUGUACUAGGAAGGUUUGAUUCCCCUAGAGUUUUUGUGGCUGACUUGUAUGUAUGGAUGGUAGUACUAUGGUAUGUGUAUUCGCUGUGGUAUAUAUGUAUAUAUAUUUGAAAUGACUUUCGUUGUUA